AUGGCUGACGCGAUAGCAAAAAUAGGUAGAGAAACGGCGGUUGUCAAUUCUAAUAGAUUAGUUGACUUACAAUUUAUAUGCAGUUAUAGUUUUCCUUUAUUAUUUCUGCCAGUUUGGCAUAGUAUAGAGAUAGAUAAAUGUGUUCGACAAUUUUGUAGAAUAGUUUCAGAAUCAUUGGAAGAGAUCACAUGGUCUUUGAAUAUUGACAAUCUCAGAAAACGUAACGACAUUUAUGAUGAUGUACUGUGCCCAGCUUGCCGUGAUCAUGAAGAGACUUUGAACCAUUUAGUAAUAUGUGCUGGAUUGGAACAUGCGUUCCUCACUGCUGAAAAAGAAAUGAUAGAUAAGAUUCGGAAAUAUCUCAAACGUUUCAAGAACAGACAGGAAUUACUACGUGGUUUGAUUUCACACACAAUCGUAAAGAAGCUUAGAAAACUCACAUCAAAAAGAAUUGCUUCACGCCUGUCUCUAAAGAUCAUUAAAUACUUUCAUGAAGCUUUUAGAGAACAUGUUCGGAAACCGCGAUGUAAAAUGAUGAAUGAACUAGAAGAAUCGUUGCAUAUUACACCUCAGGACAAAUGUAAAACCUCAAGGAUACAUAAGGAGGACGUAGAAACUCAACGCGAUCACUAUCGACAUACUCUAACUGCAUUUCGUGAACAAAAGGCAUCAAAAUAUAAUGAAGGCUUGCGUCGAUGCAAAGAUCAUCUAUACCGUUUGGUAACAACUGGUUUAUUUCCUUCCUGGAAGUCUAGAAAAAUUUCCAUUCAACAUAAAAAUAAUAAUAAUAAUAAUAAUAAUAAUAAAAAUUAUGAUAAAGUUGCAGUGUAG